AUGGCCGAAAGAUUGGCUGACAAGGAGGGCCUUCCAGGUGGCAAACAAUGUCUCGCAACCUACAAUGAAUGGGCGAAAGGUGGUUGGGGAUUGAUCAUCAGUGGUAAUGUUCACAUCGAUCCUGCUCAUCCUGGUGCACCAGGGGACUUCACAGUGAACCGGGAUCUCCCCAGGGAAAAGACUCUUACAGCUUGGAAAUCUUGGGCCAGUGCCUGUUCAUUCAAUGGAACCAAAGCCAUCGUUCAGAUAAAUCAUCCAGGUCGACAAGCACCAUUUGUCAAGAGCUUAGCUCCAAGUCCAAUUCCUUUAGAUCUCGGCAAGGGUCUAUUUCCGUGGCUUGUCAGAUCCUUGGUAUAUGGAACGCCAAAGGAGAUGGCCCAAGCUGAUAUAGACGAUGUGGUGACGAGGUUUGCAGAAGCAGCGCAGUUAUCAGUGGAAGCAGGAUUUGCUGGUGUAGAGAUCCAUGCUGCACAUGGGUACUUGUUGGCGCAGUUCUUGUCUCCUCUGUCUAAUGAACGAACAGAUUCUUACGGCGGUUCUCCGUUGGCAAGAGCCAAGAUCGUUAUUGACGUCGUUAAAGCUGUCAGGAAGGCUGUACCAGCGCAGACAUGUGUUGGGAUCAAGGUCAACUCAACUGACCAUACAGAUCUAGGCGACUUUAUCAUACAACUGAAAGCCAUAGUCGAUGCUGGAGUCGACUUUGUCGAGGUUAGUGGAGGGUCCAUCGAGGACCCUAUGUUCAGCAGUGGCCUGCACACAACAGUGAAGGCAAGCACCAAGGCACGAGAAGCCUUCUUCAUCGACUUUGCAAAUGCAAUCAGAUCUGAGCUCCCGGAUGUUCCCAUCAUGCUGACUGGUGGCUUUCGGACACGUCAGGGCAUGGAGGCUGCUGUGAAGGGAGGCAGUUGUGAUUUGGUCGGUUUGGCUCGACCCUCUGUCAUAGACCCAGCUCUUCCAAAGAAGGUCUUGGACACCAGCUUACCUGAGCAUGGGGCUCUGGCGUAUGCCAAGAGGAUUGAGGCGUGGAGUUGGGCUAAGUAUACUGGCAUCAAGGCUGUUGGGAUGGGAGCUGAAACGCUCUGGUAUACCAACCAGAUUGGGCGGUUAGGGACGACAAACAAUUGA